GUUUGCGCAAAAAUAAAAAUAAAUUUCGAAAAGAAGGUUCCUGCUGUUAAAAAGAAGACAAAGGGAAGAUGCAUCCAACCAAGUCAUUGUUUGCUCUCCGUGAAAUCAUCCUAAUCUUGAGAUAAAACCCCUUCGACAAAUGCCAGAUUCCCUGGUAUCUAAGAACGAACACAACCUGAACCUGCUUGCGGGGUGAUGGGUUGGAUCUGGAAGACUUGCGAGUAUCACUAACAAAAUCACACUAAUUUCUGUGUCAUUCAACAUAUGUAUCAUUCGCGCUCCCCAUAUCCCGGUGCAAUUGAAUGGUAAUUCUUCAAGGUUCAACUUUCAAACUGACUUCGAUUAUAUCCCAGCCCUGUUUAGGGGUCGGUGACCCAGGAUCUGCGAGAAACCCCCAGAAUGCGAUUGGCACGCGACCUCCACAAUCCAACCCCAGCCCCUCGCUGUACUUCUACACUUGCAGGCUCACAGCCACUUGGGCACUUUCUGGACGCGUCUUGGAACGCCAAUUACUGCACGGAUUCAAAACCGGACGCGCCAACGGCGUCUGGGGUUCUCGCCUUGGCCCUGCCGAUAUUCUGCGGUCAGCGUUGCGUUGCAGAAGAUCACUGGACAUUGGACCAUUCACCAUAGCAUGGGGGGCUUUGAACUUCGACUCGCAGCAAGGGUCACCCUGCCAUCCCUUACAGGAGAGCACAUGCAACUCUCAAGGUCUAAGCCAAUUCCUCUCGAACAGCAACCGGGUUGUCAUGGCUCCCAGGCCCAGUCAACAUCAUGGUCAUUUACGCAGCCUACAGCUGAUGCUUAGUCAUCUCUGAACAGAGCUUGGUUGCUUUGGCGGGAGAAUUUCGGCUCUUAUGUUUUUUAUGUUUGGUCCCUUUCCUUUCCAGAUACUCGCUCCGCCGGGUACAUCUGCUUUCAUGCUUUCAGCACGUAUCAGAAAGGCUCCCUGUUGUCGCACAGAAUUAGUACCGAAGAUUGUAGAUGUUUCCCUUCUUUGUUUGUCGUAUGUCGUAC